UAAUAUAUAUUUCCAUUACUCUCAUAGAUGGCAACAAUUAGUAGAGGUCAGGAAUAUGUUAAUGGUACAGCACUCUUCUUAUUGUUUGAAUCUUUUCAGUGCCUGGGAACAAGAUGGUUAUUUAUAUUUACAAACGGAUAUUGCUGUGGCUACGUUAGCGGAUUAUUUACAAGAUGAACAAGAAACGAUCGAUGAAUCGAUUACUUGGCAUAUGAUUUAUCAAAUGGCUAUGGGAUUACAAGAUAUACAUCAUGCAGGACUAGUACAUAUGGAUUUGAAACCUAGUAACAUUAUGAUUGAUGCAAAUGGAAUAUUAAAGAUUGGUGAUUUUGGAACAUCUAUACGUAGACCAUUGGACGCCUAUGAAUUCAAAGGUGAAGGGGAUCGACAUUAUAUGGCACCUGAUUUAUUACGUGAAGAAUAUGAUGCACCUGCUGAUGUAUUUAGUUUGGGAUUGAUUAUAUUUGAAAUGGUAACUCGAGUACAAUUACCGUCAACUGGUGAUUCUUGGGAAAUGCUUCGAUUAGGUGAUUUCUCUAAUUACAAGCAACAAUUGAUAACUGUACCAUUGGAAAUUCGACGGAUCAUGCUGAUGAUGUUGAAACCAAGCUCAAGAGAACGUGCGACCAUAGAUGAAAUCCUCGCUGUGCCUUAUCUACAAAGAAUAGCUACCAAUCAACAAGACCCUGGUCCUCUUUAUGAUUACGCUCAAUUACUGGAUCAAGAAUGAAAAUACGAAGCUCUUUACCCCUCUUUUGUAUAUAUCUUUAGUUUUUUAUUUCAUUUAUCUUGUAUGUAGUAUUGUAUAUAUAAUAAAACAAAACUUAUUUUGAUCAUUUCAUACAAAA